CAGGAUAAAUUAACGACAAUGCUGGAAUGGUAUAAUUCGCCGUCAGGCUUUUCUUCAAUUUACUCCAUAAAUUUCAAAUAAUAAUAAAUAGGUGAUAAUACCGUUUGAGUUUGCGCAUUUACCGGCUACAAAACGCCAUUCACCACUCCAAAUUCCAUAAUUAUUCCCCAAAGCAAACCAAACAUUUUUGAUGUUGGAUUUUCUAACCUCGUCGUUAGUGACUCAUGUUCUUGCAUAGUGUAUUUCAAUAAUUUCAUAGUUUUAUUUGUGUUUGUGUGAUUUUAAUGCCAAUUUGUUUGAAGAUGAUCGAAACAAAUUAAUGCGGCCAGCUCAUUAUUACGAUACAUUAGGAUUAAAAUAACGUAAAAAAAUGUUCAAUCAAAGUACUACAUUAGCUACAACAACCUCAACUUCAUCGAAUCCUAUGAAGGAUUUUGAAGUUGUUUCACCGCCGGAUGAUUCCAUAUCAAGUUUAGCGUUCAGUCCAGCAACUAUCCCUCAAAAUUUUUUAGUAGCUGGUUCCUGGGAUUGCAAUGUUAGAUGUUGGGAAGUUGAACAAACAGGAAAAACUGUUCCCAAGUCAAUGCAGGCUAUGACAGGACCUAUUUUAGAUGUUUGCUGGAGCGAUGAUGGAACUAAAGUGUUUAUGGCAUCGUGUGAUAAGAUGGUAAAAUGCUGGGACUUGGCUUCGAAUCAAAGUAUUCAAGUAGCAGCUCAUGAUGCUCCAGUAGUAACUUGCCAUUGGGUCAAGGGUUCAAAUUAUUCAUGCUUGAUGACAGGAUCAUGGGAUAAAACUUUAAAGUUUUGGGAUACGCGAACCCCUAAUCCAAUGUUAACAAUUAAUUUGCCAGAACGAUGUUACUGUGCAGAUGUGGAUUAUCCAAUGGCUGUUGUGGGAACAGCGUCCAGAGGAUUAAUAGUUUAUCAAUUAGAAGGAACUCCACAAGAAUAUAAGCGAAUUGACUCACCUUUAAAGUAUCAGCACAGAUGCGUUGCUAUUUUUAGAGAUAAAAAGAAAGCCCCGACUGGAUAUGCUUUAGGUAGCGUAGAAGGUCGUGUUGCUAUUCAGUAUGUCAAUGCUGUAAAUCCCAAAGAUAACUUUACAUUUAAAUGUCAUCGCUCAAAUGGAACGCCAAAUGGCUAUCAAGAUAUAUAUGUGGUAAAUGAUAUAGCAUUUCAUCCGGUUCAUGGUACCUUAGCAACAGUAGGAAGCGAUGGCACAUUUAGUUUUUGGGAUAAGGAUGCCCGCACAAAACUUAAACCAUCCGAGGCUAUGGAACAACCUAUCACUCGAUGCUGCUUUAAUCAUAAUGGUCAAAUAUUUGCUUAUUCUGUCUCCUAUGACUGGUCUAAGGGGUAUGAGUUUUACAAUCCAUUGAAGAAAAAUUAUAUUUUCCUUAGAUCUUGCUAUGAUGAAUUAAAACCUAGAAGUACAUCGUAAAUAAUAAAUAUCAUUUACUUUUUGUAUAUUAAAAAAUGUAAAUCGUAUCAUACAAAUAUC